CAAAUGAUGAUGGCGGCUGGAAUGGGCAUGGGAAUGCCUGGCAUGCCAAUGCCGGCAGGAAUGGCCAUUCCGCAUGCAAUGAACGGUAUGGUGCCGCAGAUGUUACCGCCGAUGAGUGUAGCUGCGUCGGGAGCUAGUUUUCCAUCGCUGACUCCGCAGAUGAACGUGUCGGUCUCUAUCCCAUCCCGCAAUCCUUCAAAUGGUGCACUAAGUGCUGCGCAGGCAUCUGCAACAAAUUCACCUAGACCUGCUGAUCCGUUAACGCCGCAGACAAGCACAGCAUCAUCGAUUGCUGCUUCAGUACCAAGCCUGAAAGAAGAGCGUCCAGCACCGUCGCCAGCAAAGUCAGCAGUUGAGGAGAAUGUGUCCGUUGCCUCGUAA